UUCGAACGUUCAGGAUUUCAAAACAUAAAAUCGGAAAGAAACUAAAAACGUAAAAAAAAACAAAUUCUAAAGAAAUAAAAAGUAAAUAAAUUGAAGAAGAGAAAGGAAAACUAUAAAACAAUUAUAAUAGUACUCGACAUAUAGUGGAAAUAAUUCAAAUUAAAAAAAAACCUCUUUAAUUUUACUAAUUAUCACGUAGUUAUUUUUCAAAUAUUUUAAGAAAAAUAUUUCAAUUAUUUUAUAUAAAAAAGUGUUACAAUUUAAUUAUUUAAAAUAUAGAAAAGGCCAAAACAUGUUGCAUGGCAAGAGUAUUAAGAAAAUUAAGAAAAAAUUAAAAAAAUUAACCUGGCAAAUUUUGUUUAAAACAAAAUUCUACUAAAUUUUGAUUAAAAUAUAGUUUCAAAAAAAUUUUAACAUUUCUUAUAAAAUCAUGGGAGAGUUUAUAAUAAAAGAAUUUAAAAGAUUUUUGAAAAAGUGUUUAAAAAGAUUUUAAAACAUAAAAGUUAUCAGUUAAUAUUAAAAGUAACCUAAAAAAUUUAAUAAAAUUGAAUUAACAUAAAUUGUUUUAUAACCUCAAAAUUUAUCCAUAAAAAUUAAAAUAAAACAAAUAAAAUAGAAAAAGUCGUAAAGAAACCAUUAAAAUUUUUACUAACAAAAUUGUGCCGUGUCAAAGAAAUUCCUAAAGCUGCAUAAUAAAAUUAAUAUACAAAAUAAAUUAGAAAAUAAAAUCGAGUUCGUAUGAAGUAAAGUAAUAAAGACGAAAAAUAAAAGGGAAAACGUUAACAAAAACAAAACGGAAAUAGCUGUGAUUCUGCUAUAUUGGCUACCGAAUGGAUAAUGGGUAUUUGUUUAGACACAGAUGCCAGUGCAGCUCAAGACACCGGCGAACAAGGCAACGAAUGGAAUCGUACACAGAAUCAAAACAGUGCCAGCGGCGGCGGUGGACGCAUAGGUGCCGGCUCGGCGAAUACAAACGUUAUCGAUAUGCAAAAUGCUGGAAAAAUAAAAUUCGAUCCACCCAAAGUCCCAGUGAUAUUUGUUUUAGGCGGCCCAGGUAGUGGCAAAGUAACCCACUGCGAUACAUUCAUGCAGGAACGCCGUGGGGUAACACACAUCAAUAUGAUGGAUCUCUUACAACAAUAUGCCAUGGGGAACGAUAUGCAAGAUUUUUCCCAAUUAUCUUCAAAAACUGUAACCGAAGUUUUAAUGUUAGAAAUGAAAAUGGCUCCAGCUGCCAAAGCAUACCUAAUCUCAGGAUAUCCACGUUCAAUGCGAGAUGUUGUCGAAUAUUCCGAAAAGAUUCAAGUUGUGAAUGGGGUUAUCCUGAUAUCGUGGCGUCAGUCGGUGUUACAGAAACAAAUCGAUUAUGGUGCCAAAUUAGGACAUGUUGUACUCUCCUUAGCCAAAAUGGAAUUAGAUAAUUUCUUUAAAAAUGUCAUGCCAGUAGCUGAUUAUUUUGAUCAAAGUGAUAUGUUAAUAGCGGUGAAUGGCGAGCGAGCGCCCUCUGAAGUGUACAAAGAUUUCCGUACGGCUGUGCUUGACAUACUGAGUACAUUGGAAAAUCAGGAGGCCAUUCUAAAUGGAGUAACAGGUAUGGGCAGAGGGAUUAAUGAUAUACCCGGCAGUAUAGUUAGCGUAGAUACGGCACCUAGUCAAGCACAGAAUAUUCCAGGGAUCUCUAAUCAUAACCCUGCUCCAAUUUCAACAGUUUUAUCACAGAAUCAGCAACAACAACAGCCCGCUACAGUGCCACAGAUGUCGGAGGAUCCAUCUAGAAAUAUAACCAAUGCAGUGAUUUCGCAUAUAGCCUCGAAUGCAGCCCAGGCGGUGGCGGUAACGGGGGCCCCCGAUGUUAUAACCCAACAGCCGAUGCUGACAAAUGCUGCCACCUCCAUGAGUACAGAUGUGCAAGGCUUACCACCGGUUAUAUGGGUUAUAGGAGGACCGGGUAGCAAUAAGGCCACAUUGUGUAUGAAGGCAGUGGGCUUAAAUCCGGGAUGGGCUCAUUUUAGUGUGGGUCGCUUGUUACGCUCGAUUACCGAUUCAGCACCACGUGCCAAUACCGAAAGCUAUGCCGUGAAAGAAGCUUUAGCUGCUGGCGAAAUGGCUCCGGAAAAAGCCCUUAAUAUUAUAUUGGAAACGAAUUUAAAACAAUAUGCCAAUAAAAGUGGCAUCAUAAUAGAUGGCUUUCCCCGGAAUAUGCAACAGGUUAAAUAUUUUGAAGAUAAGUACAAACAACGUCCCCCUAUAAUAUUAUUGGAUUGUUCUAAACUACAAUUAGGCAGAGGACGUAUAGAUGAUACGGUGUCCUCAUUCCGCCGACGUUUGGAACUGUUUCGUGAACAAACUUUACCCAUGCUUAAGGCCAUGGAUAAUAGUAAUCGUUUACAAAUUAUUGAUGGCGACACCGAUAGUCCCUCGGUUCAGCGAGAAUUUGAGAAAUCAAUACGCAAUCAUAUACAAAAUCUCACAGGCAACCAAAUGAAUCAUAAUGUGCAGCAGCCAAUGAGUAGACAACCAGCGCCUGUGGAUCAAACCGAUGCCAUACUACAGGAUCUGGAGAAUAAUAUGCCUGGUGCAGUGCCAACUAUAAGCCAUCAUGUUAGUCUCAUGAAUGGUCAUAUCAAAAAUCGUAACACAAGUGCUAAUAAUCAUUUAGCCAAUAACAAUAACUACAAUAAUAAAAACACAAGUCACAUGAACGGUGAUAUUGGACAAACCGGACAGAGAAUGGAUUUCCGACAUAUGCUAGAGGAAGCCGAACGUUAUCCGGUAGAUUCGUAUAUGUAAAAAAUCGAGAAAAAAAGAAUAAAAUCUAAAUCAAAUUCAACUAAUAAUUAGUUAAAUAAUUGAAGUAUUUUAUUACAUUAAACAAAUAUUAAUUAUACAGAAUAAACAGUUUUGUUGGGAGAAACAUUUUGUCAAAGCAAUAAAAAACAGUUUGAUUAAAACAACUUGUUUGCUUUAACCCUAUAAAGGUUUUCUAAGCCAGAAAGUUUGUCCCUGUUUUAGCCAUGAAUUUUGUUUCAACCACCAAACUGUUUCUCUAAGUGUAGACACCGCAAAAAAGGGAAACAAUUUUUUUAAAUUAAACCGCAAAUAAAAAUUAAUUAUAAUUAAGAAAUUUCUUUAAUUAAUUGAAAAAUACUUAACUAAUGCAAGUAUUUCAAUGGUUUUGAGCUUUAAAACAAAAUUUAUAUUUAAAUCUAGUUUAUUUUAUUAAAAAUAUAA